CCCUUCACGGCUGCCGUAGUUGUCAGGGCCGUGUGUAUUGCUCCUGCAACAUACAGUAAGUUAACUGUCCGGUAGUUAAUGUGUCACUGGACAUGCCUAAACGAUUAUACAAGGAAUUUAUGCCCAUCGUGAAUUCACAUAACGCUUAAGCAGCUAUCUAUCAGUUAUUUUCCCGACAGAAUCCCUUUUUGCUCACUACUAGCGAUGUGUAUUGAGGCAAGCGGUCGUUAGCUAACGUUAUUUUAGAAUCAUAACGAAUAUCUGUCUGUUGAUCGUCACAAUGUUGGCGACGUUAUCGAGAGUUAAAAACCGUCGGUGGCUUUCUCCGGACAUACUUUUAGAAUACAUGCUAGGACAAGAGGUUAGAAAAAACGGGUUGAGCUUGUUCAGUCACAGUUGUUCUCCAGUAGCAGCGUGGAGACGGAAAGUCACCGGUGGUAUCAGAGAUGUGAGCACAUCUUGUUCCCUGUGCGCCAAAGUCCGAGGAAACCCGAAGAAGAGAGAGCUGUCUGAAAAGAAGUUGACGCGUCACUUUGUAGACCAUCGCCGUGUGAAGCUGGUGGCUGGGUCAGGUGGUAAAGGUGCCUGCAGCUUUCACAGUGAGCCCCGGAAAGAGUGGGGCGGACCGGAUGGAGGGAAUGGAGGUGAUGGAGGAAGCAUCAUUAUCAAGGCUGACCGGUUUGUCAAAUCCUUGGCGCAAGUAGUUCCGGUUUACAAAGGAGAGGAUGGGCAAUCAGGGGGCAACAAGAACUGUUACGGCAGGAAUGGUGGCCCAACCUAUAUUUGUGUACCAUUAGGCACUGUGGUGAAGGAACAGGGAAAGACAGUAGUGGACCUUUCUGAACAUGGCCAGGAGUAUCUGGCUGUAUUUGGAGGGGCUGGUGGGAAGGGGAAUCGAUUCUUUCUGUCCAAUGAGAACCGUGCCCCAAUGACAGCAACCCCAGGAAUGGAGGGCCAGGAGAGGAUCCUUCAGCUGGAGCUCCGUACCAUGGCCCAUGCUGGACUGGUGGGGUUUCCUAAUGCUGGGAAAUCUUCAUUGUUAAGAGCCAUCUCUAAUGCCAGGCCUGCGGUGGCUGCUUACCCUUUUACAACACUCAACCCACAUGUAGGAAUUGUCAAUUACAGGGAUCAUGAGCAAGUCGCAGUUGCUGACAUCCCAGGCAUCAUUCGAGGGGCCCAUCUAAAUCGAGGCCUGGGCAUCUCUUUUCUGCGGCACAUAGAGCGCUGUCGUUUCCUCCUCUUUGUUCUGGACCUGUCAACUCCAGAGCCCUGGACCCAGCUCCAGCAUUUGCGUUAUGAACUGGACCAAUAUGAGCCUGGUCUGUCCCAGCGGCCUCAGGCCAUCAUAGCCAACAAAAUGGACCUAACUGAGGCCUCGGAGAAGCUAGAGACUCUCAAGAGCCUCGUCACCCAGCGUGUCAUCCCCGUGUCGGCUCUCACAGGACAGAACACAGAGGAGCUCAUCCUCCACCUCAGAGAGCUGUAUGAUGGCUACCUCCAAGGAGAAGGCUGUGGGGAAGGCAAACCCACUAGGUGGUAGUAAAAACUAUUUCCUCUUACUCUACUGAUAUUUCUAUGAUAUAUAUUUAUACUGGAAGAUAUAGAAUGUAUUUAAAUUGCUUAAUAAAUAUAUAAACAAAAUCAAA